AUGACUAGCCCAAAGUCUCAAGGUCCAGAGAAAGCCUCGGCUUAUGGGCCUGAAAGUUCAAUAUUCAUUGUUGGCGCCUCAGUAUUUGGUCUUUCGUCUGCCUACCACCUCGCUACCGCCGGCUACAGCAACAUCACAGUGUUCGACCGUGCUGAGAGCCUUCCAACCCCGCACGCUGCAAGCAAUGAUUUAAACAAAAUCAUUAGAGCCGAGUACGGUGUGGGACAUGCCACGGAUGAUUUUUACACUGAUCUAGCACUGGAAGCAGUCGAAGCCUGGUCCUCACCCGAUUGGGCAUCAUGUUUUCGCAGAACAGGCUACGUGCGCCUAGCACGCCAAACAGAAUCGCAGAAAGCGAUCAAGACGGAUAUGGAAUAUUUCUCUAAACCUCGUUCACAAAGCAAUGAAAACAAUCGGUGGUUCCCACCACAUUCAUUUCACCCUCUGUCUACCCCAGAGGACAUUCGACAACUCAUACCGCAGAUGAUCGACACGGACAUAGGUGAGGAAUACCAAGGUGUGCUUAGCAAGUAUGCGGGGUAUGCAUUCGCCUCAAAAGCCAUCGAGCUGUUGCAUCAGCGUUGCACGGAUUUGGGUGUCAGGUUCUUCCUUGGUGCGGGCGGCGACAUAACCCGGCUACUACGAAAGCCUUCGGAUCAAAAACUCAUGAUCGGGAUCGAGGCAUCAAAUGGCUGUCAGCAUCUCCACCCUCCAGGAGCGUCCGGCUUGACCAUUCUGGCUAUGGGGGCACACCUACCAAGAUUAUUACCGGAGGCCAGAGCUCAGCUCACAGCCAAAGCAUGGUCGGUGGCGCAUCUGGAACUCACCUCAUCGGAGGCAGGCUUGCUGAAAGAUUCACCCGUGAUAAGUCUGAACGACCUUGGAUUUUGGAUUGAGCCUGUCCUCGUCAAGCCGGAAGAAAAGGAAGCCUAUCCGUACCUCCUCAAGUUCGCCGCACAUGGAGGUGGCUGGACACAAACUCUUGAGGAUGCUUCAAAGGACCAAAAUCAAGGAGGAGCAACACCAUGCUCACAUCCGCCCCAAGAACCUAUCUAUGCCAUACCUUCCUCCGAUGAAGAACUGCUCAGGAAACUUGUUCGACUCACUCUCCCGAAGGUACUGCAUGAUCGACAGUUUGUUAAAAAAUCGAUGUGCUGGUGUGCAGAUACAGCAUCUUCAGACUUUCUAAUCGAUUUUGCUCCGGGAUAUCGGGGACUGUUGGUCGCUGGUGCGGACAGCGGACAUGCUUUCAAGUUCCUACCUAUCUUCGGGAAAUGGGUAGUAGACGUCGUGAGGAUUGGCGAACAGGCUGAAGAACGAUGGCGCUGGAAAAUUGGUGGUAAUCGUUCUGAUGUUGGUGACAAUGUAGCGUGGAGGGGAGGCAGUGUUAGAGAUCUAAACGAUGUUACUAUGACUAGAUAG